AUGGCUCCCGCCGCGACAGACACCAAUUGGUCUGUCAACUAUGAUGUGCUGAGACGAGAGAAGCUUUUUCGCAAUCCUCCCGAGGACCAUACAGCAUACCCCUCGCUCGCGGCCGCCAUAAAACCGCACGUCGACUCGUUCAAUGCCCUUUUCGAAGAGGGCGGUAUUAUCGAAGCAGGUCUAAAGGACAUUGGCACGAGGACAUUCCUCGACGAUGCGGCCGAGACACCACAACAGAAGCAGGAGCGCAUCGCAGAGGGGCGCAAAGCCCCAAGGAAGAACAAGCUUCAUGUCCGCAUCAAGGAAGUUUUCCUCGAGAAGCCGGCUAUCCCGCUGACGAACAAAUUUACCGCUCGUAAUCGAAACAUCUACCCCUCCGAGUGUCGAGAGAGACAUGCGACAUACCGCGGGAAGCUCCGCGCGCGCGUCGAGUACCGGGUCAACAAUGGAGAUUGGGCCGAGACAGUCAGAGAGCUUGGUCAGGUUCCAAUCAUGUUGAGGACCAACAGAUGUCACCUCGAAAAAGCAUCCCCAGCGGAACUAGUCCAGCACAAGGAGGAAUCAGAAGAACUGGGCGGCUACUUUAUCGUGAAUGGAAACGAAAAGCUGAUCCGUAUGUUGAUUGUCGGCCGGAGGAACUACCCCAUGGCAAUUAUCCGUAAUACUUUCACCAACCGUGGCCACGCAUACUCCAAGUUCGGUAUUCAAAUACGAUCAGUGCGGCCGGAUCAGACUUCGCAAACGAAUGUCCUACACUACCUUAACGAUGGAAACGUCACUUUCCGAUUUUCGUGGCGAAAGAACGAGUACAUCAUCCCGGUGAUGAUGAUUCUCAAGGCAUUGGUGGAGACAAACGAUCGCGAGAUUUUCGAAGCAAUCGUUGGUGGUGCCUCGUCUGAGGGUAUCCACAACACUUUCGUUACGGACCGAGUCGAAUUGUUGCUGCGCACAUACAAGGCAUACCGCUUGCAUAGCCGUUCGGAGUGCCGAUCGUACAUCGGAGAGAAGUUCAAGCCAGUUUUGGGUGUCCCCAUGGACAUGCCCAACGAAGAAGCAGGCACCGAAUUCCUCCGUAAGGUUGUGCUACCACACCUUGGUAACCACAACGUCACGGAGACGCAAGAUUACGACAAGUUCAAGAUGCUCAUGUUCAUGAUUCGCAAACUUUAUGCCCUUGUUGCCGGUGAUUGUGCCGCUGACAACCCAGAUGCAGUUUCCAACCAAGAAAUUCUGCUUGGAGGUUUCCUCUACGGUAUGCUCCUCAAGGAACGGCUGGAUGAGUGGGUACGAUCACUUGGUCCUAUCUUACGGGACUGGUCUGUCCGCAAUCAUGGAGCUAGAUUCACAGAUCCAGCCUUUGAAAGGGACUUCUUAGGCAAGAUCGUCAAGAGAACCAACGAGAACAUUGGAAAUGCAAUGGAGUAUUUCCUCUCAACGGGUAACCUGGUCAGUCCUACAGGUCUUGAUCUGCAGCAAACGUCCGGUUACACCGUCAUGGCGGAAAAGAUCAACUUCUACCGAUUCAUCAGUCAUUUCCGAAUGAUCCACAGAGGUAGUUUCUUCGCCCAACUGAAAACGACAACCGUGCGUAAGCUUCUUCCUGAGAGUUGGGGCUUCCUUUGCCCUGUCCACACCCCAGAUGGUUCACCAUGUGGUCUGCUUAACCAUCUUGCCCACAAGUGCUAUGUCGCCACUAGCGAUAUCAGCGUUCCGCAGCUACCGAAACUGCUUGUACAGCUUGGUGUCCGUAACGAGUCAUCUGUUUCGCUGGAUGAAAGUGUGAGUGUUCAGCUGGAUGGCAGGAUCAUCGGCUACUGCUCGCCGAAGCAAGCCCGUGUCAUUUCCGCCACUCUCAGGCACUGGAAGGUCCAGGGCACUCACGAUAUUCCUGUGGAAUUGGAGAUCGGCUAUGUUCCCAAUUCUACUGGCGGCCAGUACCCAGGUGUCUACCUCUUUUCUCAGGCUGCCCGUAUGUUCCGUCCUGUCAAGUACCUCCCACUCGAUAAGCUCGACUACGUCGGUCCGUUCGAGCAGCCUUUCAUGGAGAUUGCCUGCUUGCCUGAAGACUUGAUCAAGGGAGUCUCGACUCACAUUGAAUAUACCCCUACAAACAUCCUCUCCAUUGUUGCCAACAUGACCCCCUUCUCCGACUACAACCAAUCUCCCCGUAACAUGUACCAGUGCCAAAUGAGCAAGCAGACUAUGGGAACACCGGGAACUGCAAUCAACUACCGCACUGACAACAAGCUCUACCGAUUACAAACGGGUCAAACACCUAUCGUGCGACCGCCGCUCUACAACGCCUAUGGCUUGGACAACUUCCCCAACGGUACGAAUGCCGUCGUCGCUAUCAUCUCAUACACCGGUUACGACAUGGACGACGCCAUGAUUAUUAACAAAUCAUCCCACGAACGCGGCUUCGGGUACGGUACGAUCUAUAAGACCAAGAUUCAUGCUCUCGAUGAAAAGGACUCCCGACGCACCAAGGCCCGGCACGCAGUCACCAAGCUCUUCGGAUUCGCCCCUGGAAGUGAGAUCAAGGCCGAAUGGCGCAACACCCUCGACGAAGAUGGUAUGCCGUUCAUCGGCGCCAAGGUCAAAGAAGGCAGUCUUGUCGCUGCUUACCACACAGUGCGUUAUGAUGCCGCUUCUGAUUCGUACGUCAAUGUAGAUGGGCGAACCCAGUUCGUCAAAUACAAGGACACGGAAGAGGGCUUCAUUGACAGCAUCCGCAUCAUGGGCUCAGAAAACGGCACGGAGCCAUGCCAGUCCAUCAGCGUGAAGUACCGUGUGCCCCGUAAACCCAUCAUUGGUGACAAGUUCUCGUCUCGUCACGGACAGAAGGGUGUCUGCUCUCAACUCUGGCCCGCCGUCGACAUGCCGUUCUCCGAGAGCGGUAUCCAACCCGAUCUCAUUAUCAACCCUCACGCUUUCCCAUCUCGAAUGACAAUCGCCCAAAUGGUUGAAUCCAUGGCCGGGAAAGCCGGCGCCCUCCACGGCCACCCACAAGACUGCACACCGUUCCAGUUCUCCGAAGAAAAUACCGCAACGGACUACUUCGGCGAGCAACUCCGGGCCGCCGGCUACAACUACUUCGGCAACGAACCGCUGUACUCCGGCAUAACAGGCAAGGAGUUCGCCGCAGACAUCUUCAUCGGCGUGGUGCACUACCAGCGUCUGCGUCACAUGGUCAACGACAAGUUCCAAGUCCGUACGACGGGUCCCGUCAACAACCUCACGGGCCAACCCGUCAAGGGAAGGGCCAAGGGCGGUGGUAUCCGUGUCGGAGAGAUGGAGCGCGACUCGUUGAUUGCGCACGGCGCCGCGUACCUGCUGCAGGAUCGGUUGAUGAACUGUUCGGAUUCCCAGCGCGCAUGGAUCUGUCGUGGGUGUGGGUCUUUCCUCUCGACGCAGGUUGCAGUCUCGUCGACGGGCUCUGGGAAAGCGAGGAUUGCUGCCAAGGCUAAUUCGAGCGCGCAUGCGGAUCAUCUUGGUGGUGGGCCAUCGGGCGCGCCGGGGAUCGUGAGGUGUCGGCGGUGCGCGAGGGAGGCGGUUUUUGAGGACUCGCGUGCGGUGGUUUGGGAGGAUGGUGAGGGCAAGAGGUUUGUUGGUGGUGAUGAUGUUACGGUUGUUGUUGUGCCCGGUGUGCUGAGGUACUUGGAUGUGGAGCUUGCGGCGAUGGGAAUACGGAUGAAGUUCCGGGUUGAUAAUUAG